CACACACACACACACACACACACACACACACACACACACCUAUUCUCCUCUCUAUUCCAAAAAUACCGUACCUGAGGUCAGGGUGCUAGGUCGUCCACGUGGAGAGGUUGCAGGGGGUGAAACGUUAAUCUUUCCCCGGGCGGGAGAGCGCACAGCAAGGGUUAGAAGACGCCGUAUUUGCCGUUCCCCGCUCUUCAUGCGACCCCGGAGCUGUCCACCGCCGUCUGCCUCCCAGCUCAUUGUUUGCUCGGCCAAUACAUUAGUGGCGACGCGCGUCACCUUGAUCGACGAGCGCCUGGAAUUUAAAUAGCCACUCAAACACCAAUCUGUCACCGGCUAAGGGGAUAAGGACAAGUACCUCACUGGCUGACCCGGGCCCACGUGAUAACACCCGUUCAUUGAUAUCGGCCCGUGCGCCCCCCUCCCUCCUCUGAUAAGGACAGAGUAUAGGUAAAGGUUGGCACGGUCACUCGGGGUAAGAGGGGAGAGAGGACUAGAUCAGAGGGUGUCUGUAAAGCGGACGGUCCCUCGGCCCAGGCAGAACAAUGCUACAAUGAGCAGCUUCUUAGACUACUCAGUGAUGAGCGGUGAAGGAGGCUCAUGCUCUGUCAGGGCUUUCCACUCGGACCACGGGAUUACAACUUUCCAGUCCUGCGCGGUUACCGUCAACAACUGCGGGACGGAUGACCGCUUCAUGGGGAGCAGGGCUUCUCCGGACGGCGUCCCUCACCAGCCGGGGUCAUACCAAUCUCCUGCUAGCUCUCUGGGUCUCGCCUAUGGGGCCCAUCCGGCCUGCAGCUCCAGCUAUGGACCCCAAAGUUUCUGUGCUACGUAUAACCAUUACGCCCUCAACCAGGAAGUAGACUCCACAGCGGGAUUCCCCCAGUGCGGCCCACUGAUGUACUCGGGUAACAUUUCCUCCUCCAUGGUCUCUCAGCAUCGCCAAGGUUACAGUGCCGCCCCCCUGGGUCAACUGCAGUAUGCCCAUGCUGCCUAUGGCGGCGGGCACGAGCAAGCAGCCCCUUUUCCAGGGUGCUCAAACCCGCUGUCACCACUGCAUGCAGCUCACCUGGAGGCUUGCUGUUCACCUCUGUCUGAGGGCGCAUCUUCUGCACAGACUUUCGACUGGAUGAAGGUCAAGAGGAACCCACCGAAAACAGGCAGGUCUGGGGAGUACGGUUAUGGGGGUCAGCCGAACACGGUCCGGACCAACUUCACCACCAAGCAGCUGACAGAGCUGGAAAAGGAGUUCCACUUCAACAAGUACCUGACCCGUGCUCGGCGCGUUGAGAUCGCGGCCGCGCUUCAGCUGAAUGAGACUCAGGUGAAAAUCUGGUUCCAGAACCGGAGGAUGAAGCAGAAGAAGAGGGAGAAAGAAGGGCUGCUGCCGACCAAAGCUCCAUCCUCGGACCCGGGGGAGAGCGCACAAGAGAAAAUGGACGAUGCAGCAUCAGAGAAGUCUAUCUCAGCUCCCUCUACUCCGUCUCCCACAUCCUCCACGGUGUCUGAUCCUUACUCCUCCAACUAAGAACCAACUGCCUCCUUACCUCUUUGGGCCAUAGGCGGCCUGUAUAUAUCAAAGCUCAUACCCAGUGUACCAAAGACAAAGUCCUGGUUGAUGGAUGACAAACGUGGACAUUUAGGAUGAAUUAAUGCACUAUUUGGGACAUGAACAAUAAUAUGGACCACCUGAGUUAUAGAUUUGUUUUAUAUUGUGUAUUGUGUUCAGAAGAACGAUAACAUUGUUGUACAAACAACUGUAGGCCAGUGGUUUAAAAUAUCUCCACUUUCUUUUGAAAUUCUGACGUUAAAUACGCGCCACGCCACGACUCUGAUGGCGCAAAAGAUAUCUAGAUACCUUCCUUACACCUGCUUCUGACCAGUGCUGCUGAAUUUGCCAAUGUUAAGUCACACAGCUGCACACAAAACAAAACAAAUACAAACAAAUACCUCAAAUGUGCCAAAGUUGUGCGUAAUGGCCACGGCCAGGAUGAUUGCACUGGAUGUCGUCAAUUAGGCAUCACACAAUCAACGAGAUGACCUCGUUUAUUAGUCAUUACAGAGUGCAUUGUUAUAUUACCUCCUUAAUCACUGUCACCUCUGUGUUUAAGGCCUGUGUGUUUGUGUGUCGCGACCGUCUGAAUGUCUAUUGUGUGAGAUUUGCAUGAUGCGUAAUGCUUUCAUGUAUUAUUAGCGGGGCGCUGAGUUUUAUCAGUUGGGGAACAGGUCGUGUGAGGCCACGUAUGUUCCAGGCUUUUCUCUGUUAUCUAUAUAAUCCAGUGGAGCACAUACAAAAUGUUUUGUCCAGAGAGACGUUUACGGGUCAAUCAUGUGUAUUAAAGUGCGUUUACCUCUACAAACCAUUCAUCUGUGUCAUUGCUGAGGGGGAAUCUUGGGAAAGACAGAAUUUAAGAGACUUUUUGAGGA